CGACCAUAUUAAGGAUAUACUCGUACUCGCGGGACCGUCGUUCCUCGAGCUCAGUUUCAACUUGAUUUUAAUAGAACAACGCCAUCAUGACACUCUUGAAUAGUGCAACACUCACAGGAUUAUCUCAUCCUUCACUUCCAACCGAGAUCCGAUGGAUAAACCAGAUCUACUGACUUGUGGCUGAACUUGGAUAUCUCCUGGCUGGUUGCCUUUAUAAACCAUGGACUGCAACUCCUGGAUUACCACAAUUGCCUCCAACUACAUCCAACUCUACAUACCUCCCAAGAACUCACAACUACACCCAAGCAACCAAAUGGUCACCGACGUCACUUCUUUCAUCCAACAAUCCACCUCUGCAUCUAUGCCUGAAGUGCUAGAAACCCCUGCUGCACCCGAGUUCAUCUCCCCGCCCAUGAAUGGUAGCCUUUCCAUCCCGGAGCUUUUCGACUGGCACAAGGAGAACAACCCCAACCAUCCCCUCUUCGCCUAUUCAGAAAACUACGAGGACGAUGUCUAUCGAGUGUCCUACUCCCAAUUCUAUGAUGCAUACCACCGAGCAGGAGCCAUCGCAGCUGGUCUCUUUGGCCUCGACGUCUCGAACGCCCACGAAAAACGCCCCGUUGUGGCUAUUUUCUCUACAGCUGAUACGAUAACGACAUUCACAAACAUCAUCGGUCUAAGCCGCCUCGGUGCCAUCCCUUUCCCACUCUCCCCUAGAUUCUCUCCUCGCGUUCUCGCACACCUUCUCAAAAGCGCCAAAGUUUCGCAUAUCUACGUGAACGGCAACCCCCACCUCCGUUCUGUCGCCGAAGAAGCGGUCGUGUUGACGUCUGGGGAUGAAGGCGAAAAACUCAAACUUGAUGUUAAGAUUCAUGAUCUCCCCGAAUUCAACGUUCUCUACGGGAAUUCCACAUGGUUCCCUCGACUUCCAAAGAGGACUGUCGAUCAUUCUUCGCAUGCUAUUUAUAUUCACUCGUCAAGUUCCACCUCUGAUUUCCCGAAAGUCAUCCCCUGGACAGUCCGCCAGCAAGUCGAACAUUCGAUUAUCCCAACGCCUCUGAACGAUCAGCGUCAACAUAACCUUACUGGUGCUGUUAUCAGCUGUCAUGCCGUUGAGCUGUUCCAUACGAUCGGGCUUUUGUUCUUGUACUGGACGCCGGUGGUUGGACUAGUUUGGGGAACCUUCAAGCCAUCCUCGCCUGCUGUGGUUCCUACGGCUGAACUGUGUUUCCAAGGACUGAAAGCUACAAAGUCGGAGUGGGCUUUGACUCAUACGAAGUUUAUUGAGGCUUGGGCGCAAGAUGAAGAGAAGAUUGUGCAUUUGAUGGGGCUUAAGGGUGUGUUCUCGGGAGGGAAGGUGUUGAAGCAAUCGGCUGGAGAUACGUUGUGUGCGCGUGGGGUUAAGCUUGGGAAUGUUUAUGGAUCGACUGAAGGUGGACUUAUCAGUGCACUCCCAUCGGAACACUUGGGAGCGGAGUGGGAUUAUUUCCAGAGAAACCCGCAAUGUAAAUUGGACUUUAUUGAUCUUGGUGACGGAACUUUCCACUGUGUUGUUAUCCCAUCGGAAGGGCAAUCAUGUCCUAUCACUAAUACUAUGUUUGGAGGGAAAGAAGCGUAUGCUACUGGAGAUCUGUUGAUUCCUCAUCCUACGAGGAGGGAUUACUAUAAAGUUCUUGGUCGUGUCGAUGAUCAAAUCAUGUUAUCCAGUGGUGAAGUGAUUCACCCAGUCCGACCCGAAAACAUCAUCUGUUCCAACCCACAUGUACGAACAGCCCAAUUGUUCGGAUACGCACGACCCCAUUUGGGAGUUUUAGUCGAGUUGGAAGAGGCACCGACGGUGAUGAACGAUAGUACGAUCGAAGCUGCACGGGAUCUUAUUUGGCCUAGCGUUCAGUUGAUGAAUUCGCGAUCGCCGGCGUUUUCUCAGAUUUCUCGUCAGAUGAUCGUGGUGAUCUCAGCGAACAAACCGAUGAUAUAUACACCCAAGGGCGGACCUAAGCGCGCACAUAAUCUUCGACUGUAUCGGGAUGAGAUUGAUAGAUCGUAUGAGGGAUGUGGGGAUGCGUAUUUGAAGGCUCAUUCUGCGCAUAUUGUGAUUGUUUCGAAGACUGUUACUGCUCAGGGAUAG